AAUGUUGUGUAACUUCUGAGUGUGUGGUGCAGCAGUGAUGCUAGUUUAUGCUAAGGCUCAGUAAAGCAGUCUGGCUUAUCUACUAAGCCAGACACACACACGCCCCUUUUUUCUUUAACGACUUCUGAUCAAAAGCUGACAAACUACGGCUGCGGUGUGUGACAGCGGGAACCUUCCUACAAUGUUUUCACUUUUUCUGUUCGUUCCGUUAAUGCUCAGUAACAGCUCUGUGUUGCAGGACUCGCACAGCUCCUUAAGUAUUUUUACACCAGUGUCCAACAUGACUGUGGAUUGGGUAGGAUAUGGAUACGCCACGCUUGUAGCAUCUGGAGGAGUCAUUGGUUACGUGAAAGCAGGCAGUGUUCCCUCCCUGGCUGCUGGGCUUCUGUUUGGGGGCCUUGCAGGUUUUGGAGCUUACCAGGUCUCAAAUGAUCCUAAAAAUGUUUGGGUGUCACUAGCUGCAUCAGGAGCACUGACUGGUAUCAUGGGGAAGCGGUUUUAUGGAUCGAGGAAGUUCAUGCCAGCUGGUCUGAUGGCUGUAGCAAGUGCUCUGAUGGUGGGGAAGCUUAGCUUGGCGUUGCUCCAGAAACCUGUACAGUCCUGAUGAAGUUAAUAUGUUGAAAUCAUGGAAGAAAUAUCAGUUCCCAUCAGCUCCUGUGGCUCUUUUCAGAAGCACCCUCUCAGCAUUUGCCAUUUACUGCUUGUCCUUUUGUUUAAAAAAGUGUAGAUUUAUGAAAUAAAUGUACCCUCUUGUUUA